GAAGAUUAUGAAUCUAUACAUAAAGAAGAGUAUGAACCAAUGUAUGAGAAAGAGCAUAAACCAAUACAUAAGGAAGAGCAUGAACCAAUAUAUAAGAAAGAGUAUAAACCAGAGUUAUAG